CGAGGGUGGGUGCUGUAGUGCGUCUAGGCGCGAAAGCUCGAACUCCGCUGCCGGGCUGGAGACGGCGGGAUCUGCCGCCGGCAAGUUGAAGUUACUGAGGACCGGUUCUCCCGGAGCCGCGCGGUACGGAGGCCGGAAUCAUGACCGGCGAAGUGGAUUCUGAGGUUAACCUGGAAGUCAGUGAUCUAAAAUUCGCUUCACAAGAAGCAGCAGACAGUCCGGUAGACAGUGGACAGGGCAGCUUUGAGACACUCGAUCCCCUGAGUGAAAGAGAUUCUGACGAAGAGAUAUUUGUGAGUAAGAAACCGAAGGGCAGGAAAGUGCUGCAGGACAGCGAUUCGGAGGCUGAGGACAGAGAUGUCGCUCCAGAGAUGGCCACCUAUGGCAGCGCGGAGGAGAAUAAAGAGAACUUGCACUCGAGGGAGAGCAGGAAGCACAAAAGCAUCUCUAAGACUCUGGCCGACAGCGAUGAGAGUAACCUGGAAGGAACUGUGUGUCAGGAGAGCCCUGGAACUCCAGAGACGUCUUCCUUAGAACUGAACCACCAGUCUGGACGCCCCACGGGUCUCACCCCUGACAGAAAGCUAGCCAAAAACCUCUCCAGAGAAGGAGCUGAAGGAAAAGCAAAAAUGAAAUCCAAGAGAAGACUCGAGAAAGAGGAGAGAAUGGUGGAAAAAAUUCGGCGGCUGAAAAAAAAGGAAGCAAAACAUGAGGAAAGCGUUGCAGACCAGCCGCUUAAUGACAGUGGCUGUCUUCUUGAAGACAGUGAUCUUUUUGAAACAGGUUUGGAAGAAGAAAACGACUCUCCAGUGGAAGAUGAAGAGUCAUUAGAGUCGAUAAGGGCAGCCGUGAAGGACAAAGUGAGAAAUCACAAGAAAAAGGAACCAUCUCUGGAGAGUGAGGCGUUUUCAUUAGAAGAGGAAAAUGAGUUAUCUAAAGGCGGUGGGAGGAAGGAAAGAAAGGCAGCGAAGUUAAGUAAGGAAGCAUUAAAAAAGCUACACAGUGAGACCCAGCGUCUUGUCCGAGAGUCUGCACUUAAUCUUCCAUAUCAUAUGCCUGAGAAUAAAACCAUUCACGAUUUCUUCAAACGUAAACCUCGGCCCACUUGCCAGGGAAAUGCCAUGGCCCUGCUGAAGUCGUGUAAGUAUCAGUCAAGCCAUCAGAAGGAAACCAUAACCACAGCAGAUGCAGCAGAGAUGAUCGCUGAUGACCCCAGCAAAGGCACUGAGCGGACACCAGGUAUAGAAAUCGCAAUGGGUACUAAUGUCUUACCUGAGGUCUCGGAAGAAGCUGGGAUCACCACUGGGUCAGAUGAAGCUCGGUCAGAGGAUCCGGUAAGACACGGAGAGCUGGAAAUGGAGGAGCCCGAGAAGCACAUUGAAGACAAACGUUCUCCUGGGGACAGAUCAGCAUCACAGCAGGAAUCCCCCAUCUCCAGGAACAAGGCCACUGAGGAAUGUCAGGUUGGAGAACUCACAGCAUCUGACCCUCAUGUCCUGGAGGGAGAAAAACUGAAAAAAACAGAAGAAACAGAUUCAAAAGAGGAAGAGCCAGAGCAAAAGACUAACUUGUCCGCGGUCGCACCCCCUGAAAAGGUGAGAAGAUUCACUGUGGACCGACUUCGACAACUGGGAGUGGACGUCUCCAUUCGGCCGCGGCUGGGUGCUGAUGGAGAUUCCUUUGUGACACUUGACGAACCUGAAACGAACAGAGAACUGGAAGCCCUGAAGCAGCGUUUCUGGAGACAUGCUAAUCCAGCAGUCACUCCUAGGGCUCGUCAGACGGUGAACGUGAACAUCAUAGUAAAGGACUUGGGCAGUGAUGGCAAGGAGGAGCUAAAGACAGAUGUGGUGCCCGUGACAUUGGCAGCUGAGAAGCUGGAUGAAGCAAGCCACACAAAACCAGGUGAAAAACUGCAGGUACUAAAAGCUAAAUUGCAGGAGGCAAUGAAACUCCGGAGGCUUGAGGAGCGGCAAAAGCGCCAAGCAUUAUUUCAAUUAGAUAAUGAAGAUGGAUUUGAAGAGGAAGAGGAAGAAGAAGAAAUGACAGAUGAGUCUGAAGAAGAUGGAGAAGAGGAGGUAGAAGAAGAGGAUCAAGACACUCAGGAGACUACAGAAUUUCUUCUUGGUAAUGAAGAUACAGAAACCAAAGAUGAAAAGGAGACAGACAAAGAAAAUACAGAUGGCAGUAGUGAAAUUGGCAAGUGUGUUGACCUCUCUGUUCCCAAGCCUCUCUCCUCAGAUUCCACCUUACUUCUGUUUAAGGACAGCUCUUCCAAGACAGGUUACUUUCCUACUGAAGAAAAAUCAGAAACCGAUGAACACUUGGGCAAGCAGUCUGACAAACUGGAUGAAGAUGACUUGUGUUCACUGCUAACAAAGGAGAGCAGCCACAAUAGCAGCUUUGAGCUGAUUGGCUCCACAAUUCCAUCCUAUCAGCCUUGCAACAGACAAACAGGCCGUGGGACCAGUUUUCUUCCUACAGCAGGAGGAUUCAGGUCCCCUUCCCCUGGACUGUUUCGAGCCAGUUUGAUCAGCUCAGCUUCGAAGAGUUCAGGAAAACUGUCUGAGCCUUCACUUCCCAUAGAGGAUUCCCAGGAUCUGUACACCGCCUCCCCAGAGCCUAAGACACUUUUCCUAGGGGCAGGAGACUUCCAGUUCUGUUUAGAAGAUGACACUCAGAGCCAACUGUUGGAUGCAGAUGGAUUUUUAAACAUUAGGAAUCACCGGAAUCGAUAUCAAGCUCUGAAGCCUCAGUUGCCACUGGCCAGUAUGGAUGAGAAUGCCAUGGACGCCAACAUGGACGAGCUGCUGCAUUUGUGUACUGGGCAGUUUACAUCUCAGUCUGAAGAGAAAUGCCAACCUAGGAAAACUGACAAAAAGGAAAACAUGGAGGAACUUCUGAAUCUUUGCUCGGGCAAAUUUCCUUCUCAAGAUGCCUCCCCUAUGGCUCCAUUGGAGCUGAGUAAGCAGGAGAAGGAGAGCAGCGUGGAUGAUCCUAUGGAAGAGGCACUUGCUCUUUGCUCAGGCUCUUUCCCAACAGACAGGGAGGAAGAGGGUAGAGAGGAGGAAUUUGGAGACUUUCAGCUUGUUUCAAAGGAAGAUGGAUUUGCUAGUGAUGAGGAUGAACACAGUGACUCCGGUGAUGAAGAGCUGGCCCUGGACCAGGAGGAUGAUGAGGAAGAGCUCCUAAAGCAAUCUGAGAAGAUGAAAAGGCAAAUGAGAUUACAGAAAUACCUGGAAGAUGAGGCAGAAGUGUCAGGAAGUGAUGUGGGAAGUGAAGACGAGUAUGAUGGGGAAGAGAUUGACGAAUAUGAAGAAGAUGUCAUCGAUGAAGCACUUCCUUCUGAUGAGGAGCUGGAGAGUCAGAUCAAGAAGAUACACAUGAAAGCCAUGUUGGAUGAUGAUAAGCGACGGCUGAGGUUAUACCAAGAGAGGUACCUUGCUGACGGAGAUCUGCACAGCGAUGGGCCUGGACGAACGAGAAAAUUCCGAUGGAAACACAUAGAUGGCACCUCCCAGAUGGAUCUGUUCCACAGAGACUCUGAUGACGAUCAGGCUGAAGAGCAGCUCGACGAGACUGAGGCCAGGUGGAGAAAGGAACGAAUUGAACGAGAGCAGUGGCUUCGGGAACAGGUUCAACAGGGGAAGAUUGCUGCUGAAGAAGAAGACAUUGGGGAAGACAGUCAGUUUAUGAUACUAGCCAAGAAAGUUACAGCCAAAGCGCUGCAGAAGAAUGCCAAUCGUGCUGUGGUUGUCCAGGAAUCAAAGUCUGUGCCCAGUAACCCUUUUGAAACCAUCAGACCAGGAAGUGCUCACCAGCUGAAGACGGGUUCCCUGCUGAACCAGCCCAAGUCUGUGCUUCAGAAACUUGCUACCCUGUCCGACCUCAACCCCAGCGCUCCCCGAAACUCAAGAAACUUUGUCUUCCAUACACUUUCUCCCACCAAGGCAGAGGCAGCAAAGGAAUCGCCUAAGCCUCAGGUGAGAAGAAAGGGGCCAUCAUUAAUGAUGUCACCAUCUCCAAAACGGCUAAAGACAGAUAAGAGCAGUCCAGGCCCAAAGCGAAGCAUCUUCAGAUACUUGGAAAGCUAA